AUGGGGAAGGGAAAUAAUAUGAUCCCUAAUGGCCAUUUCCAUAAGGAUUGGCAACGUUUUGUGAAGACAUGGUUUAAUCAGCCGGCUAGACGUCAUCGUAGAAAACAGAACAGGAUUAAGAAGGCCAAAGCCGUUGCUCCACGUCCUGCUGCUGGACCUUUGAGACCCGUUGUCCGUUGUCCCACUAUUCGCUAUCAUACAAAAGUGCGAGCGGGUCGUGGAUUUACUCUUCGCGAAAUCAGAGCGGCUGGCCUUAACCCUGCUUUUGCUAGAACCAUUGGUAUUGCAGUGGAUCCUCGCAGGCGUAACAAAUCUGUUGAGUCUCUGCAGGUUAAUGUUCAGAGGUUAAAGGAGUACCGUGCACGACUGAUCCUGUUCCCUAAGGGCAAGAAGGUAUUGAAGGGAGAAGCAAAUGAAGAAGAACGCAAAUUGGCCACUCAGCUCCGAGGACCAUUGAUGCCUGUACAGCAGCCAGCUCCUAAAUCUAUUGCUCGUGCUAUCACUGAGGAAGAGAAGGACUUCAAGGCUUACCAAUACCUAAGAGGGGCACGGUCAAUUGCUAAAUUAGUUGGUAUUCGUGCCAAGCGUUUGAAGGAUGCUGCAGAAAACCCUGACGACGUCACUAAGGCGCCUACUGCAGUGAAAGAAACAAAACCUAAAAAGUGA